AUGGACUGGAAUAACCACACUGAACAUACCGAUAGCCACUACAGCCCCGAUGCGGCGGAUACGGAGUUCCGCUGCGGUCUCUGCAACAAGGCAUACAGUCGCCGAGAUCUCCGAGACCGGCAUCGACGUCGGUGUGCCAAAACUUUCGGCAAGCAACGCGCAUCUAAGCGCAGGUCUUGUGAAACUUGCGCCCAAAAGAAGUUGCGCUGUUCAUUGACUCGUCCAGCCUGUAGUCGAUGUGUUCAGAUGGGCACCGCUUGUCACUAUCCUAACAGGUCCUCGGCGUCUCUAACCCAGGGAGAUCAAGAUACAGGUCCGGAGAAUGUGUCGUACCUGGAACCAACUCUAGAACCGACAUCCACAGGUUUAACCCCCGAUGUCCCUGUUUCAGCCAUGAUUUUGCCCGAGGAUGCCAGUAAUAGCGCUCCCAUUAUCGACGGCUUCGCCUGGAGCCCAACACUCAAUAAUAUCAAUUUUACCGUUGAUGGAACUGGCUUUUAUGAUCAGGCCACAUGGUCUGACCCGGCAUCAGACUUCGUGGAUCAUCUAUACAGCCCAGCGUCCUUCUUUCUUACACCGCAGGAAAGGUUCAAGGCACCCUAUUCUCUAUUACUUCCGGGAGAUCUGAUAGGCGUCUCCCUACCACCCCUAUCCUCCCCGGCGGGUAGUGGCUACCGAGAGCCGCCUGACUCCGACUUCUCCUGGGAUAUUACAAAUAUGUUUGCCAGCUCCUUCCUCCCGGACUUGUCCCAUCCAGCACUUCGAGACACAUCCAGUCUAUCUCAGGAGCUUUUCGGGAUCCUGCGUGAGUAUCCGCGAAUGAUGCUACAACCCAACUUCUGGUCCCCCUUCAUCCACCACCGUCUCUACCGGUGCGCUGAGAACGGCAUGGCCGAGCCUCUCGGUAUUGCCCUGACUUGUGUGUCGGCCUACUCGAACUCUGUCGAGUCCAGCUUUGAGUUCGUUGACAACAUGAUCAACUCGGAACGGGAGCGGCUGGUCCGCAAGUUUCACCUUUACAGCGAUCGUCCGGAAACCUGUCUCGCCGCCCUGCAUGCUGUUUGCAUGUAUCAGAUUUUGGGACACUUUCGGGGGCCGUCCAUGGACAGCCAUAGAUCGGGGCAUAGCACGUCCUUCAAAGAUGGGCGUGAAGGGCGUCGCGAAGACUUGGGCAAGGCCGCAGAACUUCACGGUUCCUUUUUACUGAAGAUGACUCGGGGACUCUGCAAGCUGCACCAAAAUGCUCUCAUAAGGAACGAAGCAGGCUGGCCCGAGUGGAAAUUUGCUGAAUCCCUCCGCCGCAACGUAUUCUUCGUCCACAUCAUUAAUAUACUCGCCGCCGAAGCUCGGAAGCUGCACCAUGACUACUUUGAGCCGUUGAAUGAUGUCAUGAUUCUACAGAUGCCCCUUCCAGCACCGGAGUAUAUGUGGCGCGCCUGCAGCGAUGAGGAAUGGUCAAUGGCCCGCGAAUACGCUCGCCCGACAUCACCUACUCCGUGUACGCUCCAGGAGUUACUUGACCUGAACCGUGCGGGAAGUUUGGACGUUGUGUCACUACAACCUUUAACAAGGAUGAUUUUGGCGUGUCAUAGAAUUCGGUCUAAGUUUAACGAUGCGGAUGAAUAA